UAAGGCAAGGAGUUUAGCCACUAGGCUACUGCACUGGGCUCUGUACUCUAUGUCUUAUAUUAUUCAGGGCAUCAGUAUUUUGAAAGAGCCUACCAAUUGGAUUGGAAAGGCAAUCUUCUUUCUUCAGCCUACCAAUCGAAGUGUAACUUCCAUCAAUAGAUACUCCCCCAAACACACACAAAGUUGUUAAACCAGUACCUGGGCAUCCACAGCUCAGGCAAGGUGACACCGAAAAUCAACCAUCGCACAAGUCAUGUGAAUUUUUUUAAGCUGUUCAUUUGAAAGUCUGCUACAGGGAGUAAAAUGGGUGAAUUCAGAGAAAGAGGUCAUUUCUGUGUGCUGCCACUUCUGCCCCCAAAUGCCUACAAAUGUCCCACCAGCCGCCACCCGCCCUCCCCACACACACACACAUACACACUGAGGGCAUGAACUCACGUAUUUUUGUUACAUGGUUAGAAAAAAUCUGAAUUAAAGUAAACCAUCCACCUUACAGAUGGGAAUACUGAGGCUCCAGGAGAGCAAACUAGAGCAACCAGGUUAUCUUCUGACAUCUUCCUGCACGCUCUGCCGUGCUUCAUGGCCUGUCCUACCGUUGUGAUGAUUCUUGCUUUCUGAAUUAUUCAUGGAGCAUUUGUCACAAGUCAUCAGGGACAGCUGAUGAAUAUGUCUGUGUGUGCAUGUCCAUGUGUACGCACACAUGAUCUCUUCCUAAUUAGAUUCUAAAUUGUCUGGAAAUAGGAUCCUUAUCAUAUUUUCCUUCUUGUACUCUUGCAUUGCUAGGCAUAUCAGAUGUGGCUUUAAUAUGUAUUGAGGUGCUAAUGAAUAAUGAUCACCCACUGUAAAUCUUUCAAAAGAAAUGGUAGCAGUCUCAUCUUGCUUGAACAGCCCUCUCUUCUAGAAAGGGUUUACUCACAUUCUUGGCUAUCAUUGAUCUUUGCUUCCUCAACGUCCAAUGCAUUUUAUUUGCCACCAUAGAGCUGUAGGCCUUUCUGCCUUGUAAGGGUUGCAGGCCAAGGUGUCCCAUCUCCUUUUCCAGUCAUAUGACCACACUGAGAGCAGAGUGUGUGUGCUUCCCGUAGUGAGGUGGUGUUUACUUAGCAGGCCUGCAGUUUCAUAUCAAUAUGUUCCGAAGGUCUGUUACACAUCUCAUAUUGCACCAAUUCUGAUACUGAAGGAGCUGUUUUAGAUGUUUAAGCAGCCAGUUCAAGUUUGCCUUGCUCAUUCCAUGAGGAAACGAAGACUCUAAAACAGGAGAGGAACCUGGUUCGAGAUGGUUACUCAGGUUGCGAACACCAUAACAUCACACUAGCCUAGAAUACCCCACCUCUUGCUUGAACUAGUGUUUGAGGAAUAGAUACACAAGCUGAGAAUCAGUGAGUUGAUUCGUGUAGGGGCUAAAAAAUGGCACAGAUAAAUAAACAUGUGUGGUAUAGGUUAGUGGUUGUGAAAAUACUGAUAUUGAGAAAAAUGAGGAGACUGUUGACUCCCGGGGCUCAACUUGCCACCUGCUAGUUGUGCCGAUAAGUCUCUGCAUGUCCUGCUGAAAUGCAAUCUGGAGAUGUGCAAAUGCUCCGAGAUCCCAAAGCUUCUAACCUGAUUUCCAGCACCAUGAAAACAGCAACUUUUCUGCUUGCAGUUUUGUGCUAAUCCACUUUCUUGAUGAGUCUUGUAAUCCUGCAGUAAGUAGAAUCCACAGUUGACCUCUGCUUGUGCUGCCAUGCGUGUGCAGGUGGGGGAGGUGGCAGGACUGUGUGCAUCCCACUUUAUUUGUCUGCCCUACUUUCUUCUUAUUUCCCAUGGCAAUAAUUGACCCCUUUCCUUGCUAAAAGGCCCCGAAGGUGAAAGAAAGCCCUGUGAUGUUGGGGCUAUCUUGUACGUGAUUAUCUAAGUGGUCUCCACGGAAGCUACUUCUGGAGCCCAGUUAGUUCCUGACUUCAAUCAGCCCAGAAGCACCUAAUCAUGCCUCUGGACUUGGUCAUGGCAAUCUCUUCUAAGGCAUUUGGGAAGGAAAGGAAAAUACAGAGGCAGCCUGAGAUGGACAAUAGUAGUUCAGCUACAGAGCCAUGUGCUGUGUGUCUCCCUAGAAGGUAAAACUGGUACCAAAAUAUUACCAUGACAAUAGCUUUCAGGGAAGAGUAUCCAAGUGAUUUUCAUUUAUGUAUUAUAAUCGUGAUGAUUAUUUAUUCUUUUUACAUAAUACUCGUAUACAAUAGCCAUAACAUUUAGGUAAAGGUAAUUACAUCAGUGACACUGCCUUCCAGUGUGUUAGGAGUCAAAAGAUUGAUGGAAAUAAAUGGAGCAGAGAGAAGCAGCUUAUGAGAGAAGAGGGUGCUAAUUUAAAGGCUGAGCAGGAUGGUUCUCAUUUAAAGAGACAUUUAAGCAAACAGCUAUUGAAAGAUCAGUGCGGGAGCAUUAACAAUUCUGGGGAAAUGUGGUUCAGACUGAAGGAAAGCCUGGGGUACUAACAUAUGUGAGGGAUAACAAAAAAAAAAACCAAUGUAGUGGUACCCAGGGGAUCAAGGAAGAAGAGCAGGCACCAUCGGCGGGUUCCUGGGCAAGGGAUGACCUUGACUUUAACCCCAGUGAACAAGAGCUCCUGGCUGGAGAAAUGUCUUUAAGGGGGUAUAAGCUGGAGUGGCAUUACUGCGGCUGAUGAGUGGAAAGCAAACCAAAGUAGGCAUGGAUAACAUCAGGGAGGCCAAGGAAUGGAGAAGGACACUAGCUCUGGUCUCAAGGUAAAGCCAAAAGAAAUCUCCUGAUGGGUUGGGUGUGGGGUGUGAAAUAAUGAAGAGGCUAAGAUGACUCAAGAAACUGGAAAGAUAGAAUUGUCAUUAACUGAGAUGAAAAAAAAAUCCGUGGUUGACAAAAGGAGGGAAAGGACACGCGUUCAGUUCGGGGCCUAGGGAAGUUGGAGUUGGGCAUUCGGGUGUUGCUGGGCAGUAGACGGUCGGGUACCAUAAGCAAGGGAGAGGUCAAAGCUAGUACAAACUUGGGAGUUGUCAAAAUGCAGGUGACAUUUCAAACUGUGAAAGUAAGGCAAGAUCACUAAGGGUGUGAGUCCAGAAAGAGCAGAGACAGGCGGAGGGGCUGAGACUCAGAAAUGUCAGUGUUCGGAAAUGGAAAAGAGAAGGCAUCAGCUGAGCGGGCAGGGCAAGAGCAGCCUCUAGCAGGAAAAAUAAGAGACUGUUCUAGGGGUUGAGUAAGGACUUUCUAGAAGCGAUGAAGAUGCACAUGUGUCAACUAUUGCUUAAGAAUCUAGUAGAAAUGGAGACAAAGAUUCUGGAAAUGGGUUGGUUUGACUCCCAGCUUGCCUACUCAGCAUGCUGUGUUGACAUAUACUGUUUUGGAGCUGUACCCAUGGUCCAGCAGAUAUACUCACGAAUGCACUUGGAUAACAUAGGUGAGCACCUGCAGAUAUGCAGAACUCACGUCGACUAUGGUAAUGAACACAGCACACGGGAACUGGACUAUCAGUAAAAAGUGAUGUAAGUGUGGUGCCAUGUCAAAGACAUUUACUCUUGAGUUCCAGGUAGAGUCCAUAGCUGGAUUGACCUUUGAAUCUGGUCUGGAAGGUUGACCACGACUGAGAAGGGGUGUAGUGGAGAGAACAUUUCACAUAGAGGCACACACACUUUCAAGCUAAGGGCAAGUGCUGGCAAGAAGAUGGAGGAAGGUGGUGCUGGAGUGGGGAUAAAAUAGGGUGUAGGAUUUGGGCCAGGUACCUGAUGAAAUGUGAAGCUGGGCUUUAUUUCCCAGUCAGCAAGGGAGCCAUAAAUGCAAAACAGCCGUAAGUGCAAAACCAUCCCACACAGAUACCAAGGUCUUCCCAUAGGGCAGUGGCCUUGGGAACACAGAGGAGGACAGGAUGUGAGAUAAUGCAGAUGCAGGACCUACAGGACAUUGCCCUCGAGGGUGACACAUAAGCGAUGUGGAGCUGGAGCUCUGGGACUUUCUGAUUUGCAGUGUCCUCACCCAUGACGCAAGCCAGCCAGCCGGUUACCUCCAUACCCCAGCCCUUAUGGAAUUCCUGUGUGUUCCAAGUUUCGCCUCAUUUAACGGCAUGAAACCCACUUAUUUUUGACACUCUAUAAUUAACACCGUCCCUGCAUUUAAGAAACCAGAGAGCCACGGGCAUUUCCGGACUCCCCUCGUGCAUUCUGGAAAGAGGACAUCGUGGGGACCUGAGAGCCAGAACUUACAGGUCCCCCACCUGCCUCCCACCUUUACUUUCUUCUUGGCUCUGCCCCAGUGAGUCACAUGCAGCAUUGUCAGAAAUGGCUGAACAAAAGCAGCAGCUUUUGGAGACACAGCAAGCAUUACACACUUGGUGCCACCAACCAGCAGUGCUGUAGCAAAAGGCCAAGUGGCCAGAUGGGGGCUCUCUGCUCUGCCUCCCUCCCACUCGACCCAGGAAAUGACUGCCUGCUCAUUUUCCCUCGAAAACCAGCCCUGGGAACAAGGCCAUGGUGCCACAGGAUGGAAAUCAUCUCAAUAACCUGUGAGCCUUUCAGCCUUCUGGCCUGGACGGGCUGGAACAUGGCAGGUAAUGGCCCCCAGGGGGAUCCUCACUAAUUUCACUGCCAUGGGGGAAGGGCCUGGCCUGCAGCCAGCCCCAGCAUCCCAAUUCCUGUGGCAAAGCAUGGGGAAGUGCUUUUGUGGCUGGCAGAGCUGGCUUCCUCCUGAAUCUGCCCAUAAAAGGAUAAAAGUGCUGCUGUCUGGUCGGCAUUGGGUAGGAUGGCUGAUGAGACAUUUUUUGAAAGUGUGGAUUUUUCCCCCUCCCUGUUUUGCAAAGACGAGCGUGCGGGAGUGCUGGCGUUCACACCGUCCGCUGCCGCCUGCGUGUGCUAACAGAUGGAGUCAGCUUCAUCUUUUAUCCGGUGUGGCAGAAGAUAAAACUGAAACUGGAUGAGAUGCCUCCCCUUCCAUUUAAGAAAAGGGGAAAAAAAAAAAAACUCUUAAAGGGAAGCCCUUAUGGUAGGAAAGAGUGGUCCAGAACUCUGUCUGGCUGGCUUUGCUCACGGAACAGCAGACAGCAGAACCAUUUCAAAGCGGUUUGUCUUCCUGCCCAUCCUUGAUUUCUGCAGAAUAUAUGAUCUCUCUGCAAAGUAGGCCAAGCUUUAAGGCUAUCAUGAAUUAUAUAUCAAGGGACAUUGUAACCAGGAGAACUGAUGCCCUGUGCUUUCGAUUCUGCAGACAGUGUUCUUCACAGCCACUGCUGUUUGUCACAGCUCUCUCCCCGCCAGCGGCUAGGCAAGAGCGCCAUGCUAGUGAAACCAGUGAAGGUGCUGAUACAAACAGCUGGAAUCAGCUUUAAUUAAGGGCACUUUUUAUGUGCCCACACUGCAUUCCAGAUCAUUCCGGUAGGCAGCCUGUUGUCCACUUGCCCUACCUUAUUUCAGUGAGGGUUAAAGACCUCAGAGUGAGGACUGAGGGAGAGCUAGAAACCAACUCUGCUGACCACCGCUUCCAUGUUAUGUGGUAAAGUCCUUGCCUUGACAUCUGAGCACCAAAUGUGUUUUGCCUCCCUGUGUUUGCUGCAACAUUGAUAAAGAAACUUGUGAAAAUCAGCCUUUUACCUAAAGUUGGAAACAUGCCUGGGGUAAAUGGGUAUGCUGAGGAUGUCAGUACUCUGUCUCCUUAUGACAAUUGCACAACUCAGUUCCCCAAGAACAGGCUGUUCCAGGACACUGUCCAGGCGGGGUCUGCUAUGGCUGUUGGAAGUGGCUGGAGAUGGCUGCUGCCCAGAUCCCAGCGCUCCAAACACAGCCUUGAGAAACUCCACAGCUAGUGUUCUGCAUAAUGUGGGCUUCCCAUCUUUCCAAUUUCUACUGAUCUUUUACCAAUUGUGUCCCUUUGAAUCAUUCAACACUUCCAGGCUUUGGGAGCACAUGAUGUGUUUUCCAUUUGAGUGAUGAACUAACAGACAGAGCAGGGAAGUUCAGUUGACUGAAGCCACCGGUGCUGGAGCAGUGAUGUACUGAGGGACAGGUGUAUUGAGGGACAGCGAUGUACCGAGGGAUGGCGUUGUGGAUACACACACAGUGCAGAGCACAGAGCCAACAGCAUCACCCAGUCGGUGACAGAAUAGCAGGUCGAGCCUGGGUUCACACUCAGAGUGUAAGUACAUGUCCAAGAACUUCCAGUCCUCUGUGGGCUUCUCAGUUUCUGCCGCCCCAGAUGGCCCAGGCUUCUUUUCCUCCCUUCCACUCUACUCCUUCAUCUUCUUACAUCCCCACCACACCCAACACAUCUCUGCUUGUGUCAAGAGCUUGGUCAACUCCAUAUGUUUUUACUGCCCUGUUCUAUUGUUAUUUUCAGGUCUACUUUUUUGUCUAGCUAAACCCCAUGUGGAUUAAAGACUCAAUCUGGGUACUAGCCACUCCAGGAGCCUUUCCCAGCCAGAUUCCCACCUCAUGGGUGAGGCAUCCAUGUCAGCUGAACUUCCCGUGGGAGCAGCCACCACGCUGUAUUUUGUUGUCCUUUCCCGUACUCAUGCAUCCUUGGAGCUCAGGAGCUGUUAGCAGCAGGACUGGGCUGUGCAGAGAUGGAUUUCUCAGGUGUGGGGAAUAAGUCUCACACUCAGCCCCUGGUGAGGGAGGUUGUUACAGGAGCAGGAACACAGGACUCGGACUUCAGCAGCCCCUGUGAGGGGCUGGCCCUGCGGUCUCAGAUCAGCCCCCGAGCACUCCAAGUACAUGUCUACAUCAGUAAAGUGAGAUGGUCUGGUGCUGUGAGAAACUGCUUUGAUGAUGAAUUUCUUUUGUCAAGUGUUGAUUCAUAAAGCGCAUACGUAGAUUUGGGUCUUCACUAAUACGAACUAGCUCAAGCCCUCCAUCCAAUAAAUCAGGGGGUUAUUCAUAAGCACAGAAACAGCUAUGCUGCGACCUGAGUUCUGGUGCACUAGCCUCUGAGGACACAAGAUGAAGACCAGCUGUCUUAAACAACAGACGUGUGUCUCACACUCCUGGAGACGAAGGUCAGGAUGGAGGAGCAGGCAGAGCUGGUGUCUGCUGAGGCUCCAGUCCUGGUUUGCCCGUGGCUGUUGGAUGGUUCCUCUCUGCCCAUGCUAAAGUGCCCACCAAUCUCAUUCAUGAAGCUGCAGCCUCAGGGCCUGCUUCUCCCCCCAGGAUCGCCCCUCCAAAUACCAGCGCUCGGAGCUUUAGGCUUCAGCAGAUGACUCUGAGAGCCUGGGUCUCUCAGUGCUUAACAGUGACAAGGCUGCUGCUAUAGAAAGCACAACACAAAUACAAUAGAAAAGCACUUGCUCAAGGCAGAAGCAAAAGAACCAGAGACAGCCAUCAGCUGUUUGGUAAGCUCACUGUUUUCCUUCUCUCAGCCUCGGUUGGACUUGACCCACACUGCCAGGAUGUGAUGAGAGGAAAGAAUGACAGAUGAGGUUCACAGGGGACUGUGCUAGCCCAGGGCAGGGCACACCCUAGCAUGCAAUGGUUUGGAAAUUUCUUUCCUGGAAACUGUGCAGCUUCCAUCGGGAGGCCCUGGGUACUCCCUGGAAUGGUAACCAGUAUGUUCUACUUCUGGAGGCAGUCUGCAGAGGCCUCGACAGACAUUCUGAUCUGGACCUCCCCGAACCUAUGCUUGAUGGAGCAAUGAGCAUCUCUCUUCCCCACCAGGCUGGUUGCUGCUGCCCUCCCCACUCCCUGCUGCCUGAAGGCCACAGCCCUUGGCCACAAAGGGCAGGGCUGGGCAGGCACUCAGGUGACCUCUUGUCCUGGUUUACAGUAAGACUAGUUUAUAGUUGAGCCAGUCCUCCUCCUUCACAACAAAAUGCAAAACCAUCCUCACUAAUCUGCUCUCAAUUUUGGGACCUGAAAAAUGCCCGGUCCUGCCACUUCUAGAAUGAGCUCAGCCCUCGGGCCUUUAAUUAGAGAGCUUUGUGAAUCCAAGGGUCAUGGUCAGAAGCAGAUUCCCUGGGAGACAGGGAGGUUCUCCAUCGAGGCCCGCUGCUUCUCCCAGAGAGAGGACCAGAAUGGGGCCUCCCAUGGGGCACUUCCAGGGAAGUGUUCAGGUAAGGCUCGUGGACUCCAGCCCCAGAGGCUCGGGCACAGUAGGCAGGUGCACAGCUUGACCAUUCUCCCUGUGAGUGUCUGAAUUGCAUCGCGUUCUGCUGAGUCCUGCUGUGGUUGCCCAUGCUCGCUGCAACAUCGUGUGUCAUCCCCAACAUCGCUUCUGGUUCCCCACUUUGGGUAGCUUGUGCUAAAUGUAUUUUCAGUCCCAAGUGGUUCAGGGAAUAAAAAGAUUGUCUUUUAAAAGAAGAAAAGUGGCUUUCGAAUGUGUGGAACCUGAGGCUGCCUGCUGUGUGUUUUUUAACAAUUGCCUCCCGGAGGAGUGCUUGAAAACCUCACCUUUCAAGAUGUUUCAGUUCACAUCAGAAAGUGACUUAGGAACAUGGCUCUUCUCUGACUUUGGUGGAUGCAGCUGCUGGGCUAGCCGUUCAUUUUGUCUAGACUGAGUUUCUGUGGCUGCUGCAGCUUGCACCCGGUACCUUCUUGCUGUACUUCAGGAGCUGGUGAAAUGAUACCCACUGGAUUUAUCCACGUGACAGCACUGUACAGGUUGUGCACACUGGAGCCGGAGCCUGCCGGAGACACUGUGUCUUGAUUGUCACUAAACCCAAUUGCUGUUCCCACACACUGGAGCAGCUCUCGGUGCCCAGUACGAUGUUAUGGAGAGAGCUCCACUGGAUCUUCCACUUGCGCUAUCAGCCUGAGCAUGCCUUACUAGGUCAGCGCCGCCUAACCUUCCAGGGUCCCUGCAGUCAGACACCAGAACCUUCUUUUUUCCUGCUGAGUGCUUGUGUGUUUUUUUCUCCCUCAGCGGAUAUAAAAUUGGCACUCUAGAGACAUGGAGAGUUGGCUGCUACCAGAUGGUACUGACUGGUCCUGGCAUCUCUGGGCUCACAUGUCCUGCUGUUCACACAGUGCCCUUGGUUUCUUCUGCACCUUGUUCUCCCACCUGCUUACCCCUCCCGUGUGCUAGGGGUAGAAGGGAGGCAUUAGCCUGGGUAGCACUUCUGAUGACCUCUUUGGGUAACCAGGCAGCAGUUGCAGUGGAAUGUUCCCUGUCUUCUGUUGUGUGAACACUUCUCUUUGCAGUCCCGCUGAGGACUGACAGAAGCAGGAAAGUCUGGUCUUGGAGCAAGUCCCUUAGGGAUUGCACCACCGAGCAGGAGCUCCUGAGCAGAAGGAGCACUGUGGCUCAGCAUCAGGAUGUUGGGUGUGAGGAGCUCAGAGGGUGUUAGAGGGGUGAAGGCUGCUGGGCUGUUGGGCGCCAUUCAGGAACUGCAGGAGAAUGGUCUUGGCUGGGAGUUUAAUCCAGAUGGCAGCUGUGCCUUCUGUGAACUGCCACAAUCAUCCCAUUCCCGUUCUCCAGGGCAGAAGAGCCAUCUCAUGCCCUUGUUCCAGCUCCCUGCUUGCCUACCUGGUCUCUUUGGUGAAUUGGCUGGCCAUCACCAGAAUGAAAAUGAAUCAGCGUUAAGGGCUCAGUGGAUCUUGACUUUUUCACCUUGGCCUUGGUUCGAUGCCAUGUGCUUGCUGUCAUCCUCUGGCACUAGUCCUGGCAGAUUUCAGGAGCCUUGGGUGUCCAUUCUGCCUCUGGGGACACCUCAUUGCAUAAUCUCAGGGAGUGGUUUGGUGUGACCUGAGUGCAGGGAGCCCAGAGAAGGAGUGGGCAGUGUUGUGUGGCAUUUUGAUUUUGAUCUAAAAGGCAGUGGGAAGUGCUUGAAAUGGCUUAGCAUGGAAGACAUUUCAUCAGAUGUGUGCUUUAGAAUGUUUUUUCUGCACAAUGCAGGGACAAUCCCCAGGCUGGAUGAAACUAAGGCUAAGAGGUUGGUAAAACAAGUUGGUCAAGAAGGUAAGAAGCAGCCUGUGGGCGCUCAGUGCUGAGUAGUGCUGCCAGCAGGUGCUUGGAACACUCAGGAGAGGGAGAGAGAAAUGUGGGCUGGGGUAUUGGAGUCGUUGCGGCACUUCAUGGGGGAAGGCAGGCCUUGAGGCUGGCCUCGAUGUGUGGUGGAAACAGUCGCUACAGAACAGAGAGGACAGGCAGGAAACCGCAAUCAAACCCAUUUGGGCUUAGGGAGAGUGUGUGAAGGUUGGGACUUGAUAGCUUGGACCUCACUCCGGGAAGGACUCUUCCGUAAGUGAGCGCUUAGAUUUUGAGAAAAGGCAGUGGCUCUCACAGGCGUUUUCCUGUAGUUGAUUUCUCUGGGACUUUUACUCUUUUCCAGCCUCCUGUCUGCUACGCCCACUUUGCCUUCUCCAGUGACAAGGUGUGGGGUGCCUGGGGCCCUGGAGAGUGGUGCACUGUGCUGUGGGAAGGAGAGCUGAAUGCUGAUCUGACGCCUCCUGAUUUGCCUCGCAGCAGGGAGCUCAGGAAACAGAGCAGCUGUGUUAUUGUUGUCUGCAGCCCAAUCUCCAGGGUUUGUCUGCACAGGCCAGGGGGGUGCUGUUGUCAGCAUCCUAGAUCAGCCGGCUCCCAGCUGUCGCAGGUUUGCUGGGAUGGGAAACCUGCUCAAAGUCCUUACCAGGGAAAUUGAAAACUAUCCACACUUUUUCCUGGAUUUUGAAAAUGCCCAGCCCACAGAGGGAGAGAGAGAAAUAUGGAACCAGAUCAGCGCUGUCCUCCAGGAUUCCGAGAGCAUCCUCGCAGACCUGCAGGCCUACAAAGGGGCAGGGCCCGAGAUCCGAGAUGCAAUUCAAAAUCCCAAUGACAUUCAGCUUCAGGAGAAGGCUUGGAAUGCAGUGUGUCCUCUGGUUGUGAGGCUAAAGAGAUUCUAUGAGUUUUCCAUAAGACUAGAAAAGGCUCUUCAGAGUUUACUGGAAUCUCUGACUUGCCCACCCUACACACCAACCCAGCACCUGGAACGGGAGCAGGCCCUCGCGAAGGAGUUCGCAGAGAUACUGCACUUCACCCUUCGAUUUGAUGAGCUCAAGAUGAGGAACCCGGCCAUUCAGAAUGACUUCAGCUACUACCGAAGAACCAUCAGUCGCAACCGUAUCAACAACAUGCACCUAGACAUUGAGAAUGAGGUCAACAACGAGAUGGCCAACCGAAUGUCCCUCUUCUACGCAGAAGCCACACCAAUGCUGAAAACCCUUAGCAACGCCACAAUGCACUUUGUCUCUGAAAACAAGACCUUGCCAAUAGAGAACACCACAGACUGCCUCAGUACGAUGACAAGUGUGUGCAAAGUCAUGCUGGAAACACCGGAGUACCGGAGUAGGUUUACAAGUGAAGAAACGCUGAUGUUCUGCAUGAGGGUCAUGGUGGGGGUCAUCAUCCUGUACGACCAUGUGCACCCUGUCGGAGCCUUCUGCAAGACGUCUAAGAUCGAUAUGAAAGGCUGCAUCAAGGUUUUGAAGGAGCAGGCCCCAGACAGCGUGGAGGGGCUCCUGAAUGCCCUCAGGUUCACUACAAAGCACUUGAAUGAUGAGUCAACAUCCAAGCAGAUUCGAGCCAUGCUUCAGUAGAGCUCUGCUUAAAGAAGAGGAUCUGUGUGCUGACCUCAGAAGAUGUAUAUGUUUACAUAAUUUAAUACAGAUUGAUGUUAAUACUCGUGUAUUUACAUAACCAUUUCCUUCUUGUCACUGAAAUAUAUGGACCUUAAUUUGUAUCCUGACUGACUCAACCCAGCAGAGCAUAAAUUGACUUGAAAGCCUUACCUUUGAUGUUGGAAAUGAAAUCCCCUUCUCCAAAGGCAAAAUUCGCAGACUUUGAUCUUUGCUACUGGAGUCCUUUAAUCACACCUGUCACAAUCAGAAAUACUGAAUAGUUUGUGGGAGUGAUUUAAUUCUAGAUGUGUUAUCUCUCUGGGAAGUAUAGCUUAUAGAAACACGAAGUAUUUGAUUUCCUGUGUCAGCUCAGCUACAAGAAACACGACUGUUAUCCUGACAGAGGGAGAGGGCAAUCCAAGAAAAGAAAAAUGCAGGUGGAGGAUUCAGCCCAACUGUUCUGGAUUCAACACAUCCACUGUUUUUCCUCAGACUGAAGUCACACGUGCAACUUUUCUGUGGGCACGUGUUUUAUUAAUCAGCACAUUCCCUUUCUGUCUGGAUUUAUAUCCCUCUAAUGGUCUCUUUUAAUUUUGCAAGAGGAAAAUCACCUCUAUUUUAAUCAGUUCAUGAAAGAGCAGCAGGAGUGGAUAGAUGUCUAUUGCAGCUGACCUAAUGCGGGUGGUUGUCUGGGAGAUGGGGGAAGACUGGAGGAGGGGCAUCCAGGCGACAGGACAGUUCAUCCCCCUGCAUCAGCCCUCUGCCUACAGCAAUAGGGAAAUACCGCCCUGGCUUUGGAAUUUUGGGUAAAGAUUACAACCUCAUAGUGCUGGGUAUGCAGUCCUCAUGAUAGGAGCUCUGUUCUAUGUGGACUAUGCCCCCGGGGAACACAAGUCUAAGGUACUUUAUCAGUUAUCAGAAAACUGGGAAAUUUAGAGGACCAAAAUUCACAUUUUCUGGUUAUUAGCUAGUAUUUGAAAGGUAGUUCCUCCCUGUUGCAUUUGGCUAGCUUGCUGCCAAGUGAAAGCAAGCACCCAGCUGAAGUCCUAGCCCUAUGAAUGGUUCACAGCAUGAUCUUGGGAAAUCUGCUUGAGCUCGCUGCAUCUCACUUUUCUCAUCUGUAAAAUGGACUGUCUCCAAAAGUUCUGGAAUGUUGGAAGCCAAUAGAAUAACUGACUAUUCCAUUUCUCCCUUCUUGAAUAGAGUCCAAUAAACAAUGGUCCACCUUCUUUUGAUCACUAUUACCAUUCCAAGGCCCUUGGUAGUGCCUCCUGUAGGUCAUAGCUGAAUUGGAGUGAACUCUUGAAUAUAUUCUAUUUUGACCUCCAGUGGAACAAUGAUGAACUGAAGAUGCAGGACAGACGGAAAGAGAAUGACUUCUACAUGGUAAGCGCUGAAACCUAGGAUGCCUGCUCCUUGCCCCGUGUUCUUCCUGUUUCACCAUGCUGCCUGUGACUGCAUGGAACUGGACUCUUUAACAAAAAACCCUCAGUUUGGCAUGUAUUGUCAGUUAUCUGGUUCCACGAGAAGGAAAGAGUGUCCCAAUAAUGGUGAGUGAUAAUUCUAAUCCUGGAGAUUUGCUCUGGAUUCUUGCGAGUUUGACAUCAUCCCCAGCAUCCCAAGGAAUGAGCUGUAAAAGGUCAUUGCUUUCUGGACUUCAGCAGCCUGCUCACAUUUCUACUAGUCCUGUAAGAAGGGACUUUAUGUUUUGACAAAGAAAUGCAGUCAAGUGGCAAUAAAGGUCCUCUGGUCUGUGUCUAAACAUUAGUUAGCAGAGAGAGGAAAGGCCCCAUUCUUGUGGAGAUUUGAAGCUGAGUAAGUACAGCUGCUUGGAAAGACUUUCAUCAGAACACACAUCUACAAAAUAGUCUUCAAGACCCUCUCACACAUAGGGACCCUAAGACCCUGGAGGACACCAACAAAAUGUGGCAGCACAGGAUGAAUGAAAUCACUAUUCCACUCAAAAGGCCUUCCAUUUGGCAGUCCUGAUUUCUGCCUGGGCAGUGACUGUCAACAGUAGAAAGAAACAUGAAAUGUUUCUCCUGGUUUUGUCCAUGUUCCUCCUUCAUCAGGUGAGGGUAUUAAAGCUUGUAGAGGGGAGUGGACUUUUCACCCGCCAUGGGAUUCUUGAGGCUCCGGAGGCUUGAGCCCAAGUGAUGCAUCUCAUAGACCAUAGCUGACUAAGUGGGAAAAUGUUAGGGAUUAUCUGUCAAAUUAUGUAUAGAUUAUAUAUAAUUUGAAAGAUAAUAUAUAUAUUUCAGAGUAAAUAGUUAAGCACAUUUAUAAUUUUUAAUUAUACUUUCUAUCAAAUAGGACCAAACGUAUAUGAGGGGUUGCUGGCUUGUUCCAGUUAGCUAGGCCCCCAUGUUUCAAAGCCAAGAUACACCAGUGGAUGGAUUCUGGAAAGCCCCAGGGUCUGAAUCGUUGCCUCUGAUGAUCAUGAGGACGGGUUAACUGAAUGUCUGUGAUCACCAGCAGGUGAGGGGCUUUGGGUCCACACCAGGCUGUUGUGGGAGACAUGUUCUUUUAAUAGACUGUCCGCCGGGCAUCAGGAGUCCUUCAACAAUCACUUAUUUCAUGCUGCAUGCACACAUGUCCAAGCCUUGUGGGUGGUUUAGGGGAAAGUACUAGAAACAAUGUCAAUGUUAACAACAGUUCAUAUUUGACGUCUCAUAGCUUUCAAAUAAACGGUGUUUUCCAAGGCUCCAAUAUUUAUUUUUGGACAAACCAACAAGGUGAAUCCUAUAUUUCUCUGAUACAUUGCUACUUGCUCAUUAUAAUUCAUAGAAACAUAGUAAUUGAUAAAAACAUGUGGAAAUUGGUGUUCUGAAUUAUAGUAAACUCAUUAAAUGGGUUGGGGUAUUCAUCAACAACCAGAAAGACUUGAAUAUUAUCUUUGAGCUAUUCAGUAAUAUGUAAUAUUUCAUCAAUAUUUACUCUUGGUCAUCACCACAAUAUCAAUGCAUUAAUGGUAAAUUGAGGCUUUUGAUAUAUCAUCACAUUUUAGUAAAAAUAAUUUCAUACUUACUCAAAAAAAACCUGAAGAGUCUUAAAUCUCUGGAUCCAAGAAUUCAGAAAAUUCUUAUUCAGUCUUGCAUCCCAGAUAGCUACAGUUUUUUUUUCUAGAUCCUAAUAGUAAACACUGGGGUUUUAUCUUAAAUAAGGGCACAGAGCACUUGAACCCAACCUUCCUGCAACAUUGGUAUAAGGUGUUCACAUUCCUGGAACUGUUUGAAAGUUGUAUGCUGUUUGCUAAAGUCGCUGUAAUUUUUCUGCCUGCUUUGCCUCUUUUUGUACAGAAGUUUUGAGUGUGAAAUGGAAAUUAAAGUUUGGUACGUAUAUUUAAAAA